GCUGUAUUUGGCUUAUUUUUCACAGAGCUCAUCCUUUUUAUCGACAACUAAGCAUGGUGUUUUUUAGUACAUUUCACCUUGUGUAAAAACGUAAACAAUUCGGAAAAGAGGAAAAUGCCCUCGGAAAACAGAAUCAAAAUACUGCCAAAGGCGGUAGUUUGCGAGGAGAGCAACUUGCGCGGUGACAUCACUUUUUCUUCGGGAUGUGUAGUUCAUCCUAGUGCCACUGUUAUUGCCGAUGCAGGACCCAUAAUAAUUGGGGAAAACUGCAUCAUAGAGGAGUAUGCCACCAUAGCCCAUCGCUUAGAGCCGGGAGCUACUUGGGAUGCAAAUAAUAUCUUAAGCAUUGGAACCCAUAAUGUCUUUGAAGUGGGAUGUCAAGUAGAAGCUUCCCGAAUUGGCGACAAGAACGUAUUCGAAAGCAAGAGUUUUGUAGGCCGUGGAGUUACUGUUUCCAGUGGCUGUGUCGUGGGAGCAGGAAUUAAGAUCCAUACCAGUCAACGUUUGCCAGAAAACACCAUUGUUUAUGGCGAGCAAGGACUUCAGAGAGAGGCCAUCGAUAAGCAGGGAUCGCAAACGCUUCAGAUCGACUUCCUUCGCAAGGUUCUGCCGAAUUAUCACCAUCUCCGCAAACCCAACUAUGAUCCCAAGAAGGCACGCAGCGUUGUCUAGUUUAUAGUCUCUAUUUAAAACCUUAUGUAUUCUCCGCUUUUACCGAAUUAAAAUUAGUCAUCUCUUUUUCAAAA